GCGGUCAAGGUGAAAUCCUUUGUGUAGCAUCAGUAAACUUGAAAGAUUCAAGGAAGGGUUCUGAGGAUCAUACUGGGAACAAGAAACAUGUGGUGACAUGAAAGGAACAAGCUGUCCUGGGUUCUCAGCUGUCUCUCGCUGUGGUUCUCUUUCAGGAUGGCAGCGAGGAGAAGGCCAUUUUUUCUAUUAUUAUGCAUUUCACACUCUCUUACUGGUUGUUUGAUCGAGGGUGGCUUCAUUUCUGCUUUUCUCCCCAAUGAUGGUGAAGAUUUGGCAACGGUGGAUAUGUUCCCUUGGGUAGUUUCUCUGCAGGAUUCACAAUAUACUCCUUUGACUUUAGGAUGCAUCCUAAAUGAGUUCUGGAUCCUAAGCAUCGCUUCCCGCUUUCAGAACAGGAAGACGGUUUUGGCACUGGUGGGUAUUACGGACAUGAAUGCCAGGAGAAGAACCCAGCCAGAGUAUCUCAUCACUGUCAUUCUCAGACACGAGGGCUUUAAUUCCAUGACCAUGGAGAAUAACAUUGCUCUCCUGAAGACCUACACAGCCAUAGAGUUCAAUGACCAAGUUCAACCCAUCUGCUUCACCAACAGGAACCUGGCCCCAGGAAUCCUGGAGAACUGCUGGGUGUCAGGAUGGAUUCACACUGCUGCAAAUAGAAAGAGAAUGAAGAUGGGCGUCCUAAGGAAGCUCCCGGUGGAGGAAGUGUGGCCCUGUUCCUUAAAGAGACCCUGGGGAACUGCUUGCUACAGCGCUAAAGAAGAGAACAAUAUCUUUGGAUGCUUGGGAGACCCGGGGAACCCGGUGAUGUGCCAGGCGAAGGAGACCAGCCUGUGGGUCCUGAGCGGGAUCCUGAGCAGCGGGGGCGUGAGCUGCGGGGGGCCCUUUCUCUGCACCAAGCUCUCUUACUACGGAGACUGGAUUUCCAAACGGAUCAUGAAUGAAGGGGCCAAUUUCUGCCCCGUCUUCAGCUGGGAAGAGCUGCCAUCCACAGCCUCGCCCGCAGCGAGAGCCCAGCUGCAGAACGUCACGCCGGGGGCGCUCCCCCAAGCCUUCUCCUUGCCGCCGCCGCCUCGGAAGAAGAGCCACUCAAAGAAGCACAAAAAACACGGCCGCCUGAAGCUGAAGCCCCUUAAAAUGGCCCCCGCCAGAGAGGAGGAUUCUGGGAGUGCGGAAGCGGAAUCCCCGCAGGACCAGCUGCAGAGGGCCGCUUUGAUGGACAGCUCGGAGCCUGUCUAUUACGACUACUACAGCGGGGAGGUCAUGCCCAUCGCGGGCCGGGCCGGCCCGGGUCAGGCCGGGGCGGUGACCUCCGCCCUGUGCACUCUGACCCUUCUCUUCGGGCGCAUCUGACCGGGAGGGAGCCGGCUG